CAUAAGACUUGACCUGCUUCUGGCAAAAACUGCUGUCAGAUUCUGCAUGGACGUGUAGGACAUGCAGCUGCCAAGCUGGUCAACCCGAUCAAGUCCAAUCGGCUGAGAGACAGUUCUCCUCAACAUUCUUCCUUGAAGGUCUACAUACUUUUAUACCUUCUACCAGAAGGCAGGAGGGCAAAGAGACUGUGGCUGGGAUGACUGGGGUCAGCGAGGAUUCACUUGGUCUUUCUCCUGCAGCGCUGGCUGUAAAGGUCCUGGAUAGUUGCCUAGAGAGAGUAAUCAGCAGCUCUACAUGUCAUUGGUUGACCGCUAGGUCCUUUGGAAUUGUGUUGUAUAAAAGCCACCCUUGAUCAGCACACAUCACUACUAGUUGACAGCCUGACUGGAGAGGAAGCAGGAAGAUGGCUGUGUUCUUUAUGCUCGUGGCCCUGAUUGUGUCUGUAAAUGGUCAGACUUUCCACUUGGGGAGCUGCCCUACACCACCAGUCCAGCAAAAUUUUGAUGUUGGCAAAUAUCUUGGUAGGUGGUAUGAAAUUGCAAAGCUCCCUGCUGUGUUUGAGAAAGGGAAGUGCCACCAAGCCACUUAUUCUUUGCUGAAAAAAGGAGUUGUCAAAGUUGUGAAUGCUGAGCUGCUGCAUGAUGGGAAAGUUAACUCCAUCGAAGGACAGGCCACAGUGACAAACUUGGCCCAGCCUGCCAAAUUGGAUGUCACCCUCUUUAAAGGUAUAGCUGAUGCUCCCUACUGGGUCAUCUCCACUGACUAUACCUCCUACUCGGUGGUGUACUCCUGCAAGGAUGUCUUCGGCCUCCUCUAUGUGGACUUUGCCUGGAUCCUUGCGCGUUCCCGAUCCCUGCCUGCCAACACUGUCUCUCAGCUGCGCGGUGAUCUGGAGUCGCAUGGUGUCAGCCUGAGUGGGAUGACCUCGUCUGACCAAGUGGGCUGUAAUGCCAUGCCUGAAGGACAAGGGCAAUGAGAUAAAGCAAUGCAUUUAUACGUGAUCUCAUAGUAAUAAAGUUUUUAAUGUAACAUAAAAAUCUUGGUUUUGCUAUUUGUUUACUUGUGAUGGUGUGUCCCAUGGAAAUGACUCACUGA